AAUGUAGAACUUGUCUUCCUCUAUUUAAAGUCUUUAAGAAAAACAUUCACUUGGUGGAUAUAAAUUAGAAAUUAUGGGAACCGAUUGGAGGAGGAGGAGGAAGAAGACUCUAACCAUGUAUCUGAGACUAGUGACUUUGCUCUCCCUCCUGGCAAGCUUAGCCUCAGGGGAAGAUGUGAGUUUCACCUACAAUGGGUUCCAAACGGCGGCCAACCUGAGCCUUGAUGGCUUAGCCCAGUUCACACCCAAUGGUCUGCUGAUCCUCACCAACCGCACCAAACAGGAAACUGGUCACGCCUUCUACUCACAUCCCAUUAGAUUCAAGAAUUCCUCCAACGCCCCUGCUUUUUCCUUCUCUACUACAUUUGUGUUCGCCAUCCAUCCUCAAUAUCCGACUCUUAGCGGUCACGGGAUUGCUUUCGUCAUUGCACCCACAAGAGGCCUCCCGGGAGCUCUUCCCAGCCAACAUCUAGGCCUCUUUUCCGAUGCCAACAAUGGCAAUUCCACCAAUCACAUCGUGGCUGUAGAGCUUGAUACCAUCCAGAACGAGGAGUUGGGUGAUAUCAAUGACAACCAUGUUGGAAUUGAUAUCAACGGGUUGAAGUCUGACAAAGCUGCUCCAGCAGGUUAUUUUGCUAGCAAGAAUGGAGAUUUUAAAAACUUGAGCCUUAUUAGUGGCCGACCCAUGCAAGUGUGGGUGGACUAUAACGCCUUGGAGAAGCAAAUUGAUGUGAGAUUGGCUCCAGUCAGUGUUGAUAAACCUGAUAUUCCGCUGCUGUCCUUGCCCCGCGAUCUUUCUCUAAUCCUUAACAAUACCAUGUAUGUUGGCUUCUCAUCUUCUACCGGUUCAGUCCUAACAUCUCAUUAUCUUCUGGGAUGGAGCUUUAAGAUGAAUGGUCAGGCUCAACCGCUUGCUAUUUCUCAGCUUCCUAAGCUUCCCUGCAUAGGAGGACAGAAGAAAUCCGCAUUCCUGACAAGUGGGUUGCCAGUGAUUUGUGUAGUUUCUGUUUUAGCAGUGAUGUCAGGGGCAGUUUAUCUUAUAAGAAGGAAGAAGAAGUUCGCGGAAGAGCUUGAAGAUUGGGAACUUGAUUAUGGGCCUCACAGAUUCAAAUACAAGGAUCUGUAUUUUGCAACCAAAGGGUUCAAGGACAAAGAGCUAUUGGGGAGCGGGGGAUUUGGCAGGGUCUAUAGAGGUGUAUUGCCCACAUCAAAACUUGAGAUUGCAGUGAAGAAGAUCUCUCAUGAAUCAAGACAAGGAAUGAAAGAGUUUGUUGCAGAAAUUGUUAGCAUUGGCCGUCUCCGUCACAGGAACAUAGUGUCGCUCUUGGGCUACUGCCGCCGCAAAGGGGAGCUUCUUUUGGUCUAUGACUACAUGCCCAAUGGAAGUCUGGACAAGUACCUCUAUGACCAACCCAAGGUCUCCCUCAAUUGGAGCCAAAGAUUCAGAGUUCUCAAAGGUGUAGCAUCUGGGUUGUCCUAUCUACACGGAGAAUGGGAGCAAGUCGUGGUUCACAGAGAUGUCAAGGCCAGCAAUGUCUUGUUAGAUGGUGAACUGAAUGGAAGAUUAGGAGAUUUUGGCCUUGCUAGAUUGUACGAUCAUGGAACGGAUCCUCAAACAACCCAUGUUGUGGGAACUCUUGGGUAUCUCGCCCCAGAGCACACAAGAACCGGCAAGGCCACAACAAAGACUGAUGUCUAUGCUUUUGGCGCCUUUCUGCUUGAGGUUGCUUGCGGAAGAAGGCCGAUAGCUCCAAUGGAGGAUCUCAUCUUGGUUGAUUGGGUGUUUUUUUUCUGGAACAGAGGUGAAAUCCUUCAGGCAAGUGAUCCAAAGUUGGGUGUUGAUUAUAAUGCAGAGGAAAUGGAGUUGGUGUUGAAGCUUGGCUUGAUGUGCUCUCAUUCAGAACCAAAUGGUAGGCCAAGCAUGCCACAAGUUGUGCAGUACUUGGAGAGGACAGUUCCUUUGCCAGAUUUUACAUCCCUGGGUCUUUCUGCCAAUGGCCAAUCAUUUGCCCAUCGUGAAGGUUUUGAAGAUUUUGCUUUGUCAUAUCCAUUCUCUUUGGAUAAGACAUUCUCCCAUGCAUCCUCUGUUCCAGAGUCUCUCCUCUCUGGAGGACGUUGAUUCCAAAUGAGCCAAUCAUGCUCCUUACGUGUGAUUAUUAUUGUAUAGUUGGUGAACCUCUGUAAUUUACACACCGACUUAGCUAUUGCUAUUGUAGAAUAAUGUAAAUUUCACUUUCCUGGCUUCAA